AUGCCACCGUCUCCGUUCCCCCGACCUUCGACCUCUCAGCUUCGCUCUUCGGCGCCAGAGUACAAGCGCCUACUAGCUGUCAGGGCCAAGCAAGGCGGCCCGCCCAAGGAGCGAACGAAUCUUGUGGAGCUUGAUGAGCAGCUGUGGGGACGUGGAGAGAGCAGUAUCAGCGGCAGAUUGGGAAGCGCAGAGCAUGGAGAGAGUGCCGAGCUGAGUCUUGAGGACCUCAAGAAAUGCAUGACAUGGAAGCUGGCGCGCGGCAAAUUUCGUCCUACUCUGCUUCCCCUGCUCUCUUCCAAUUCGCCAGAUCUAGUCGCAAAUACUACACGCCAAGCUUUCUCCCAAUAUGCGGCCACCCCAGCAGGGGCGCUAGCCUCUCUCAAGACGUUGUGCGUCCUGAAGGGAAUUGGGCCAGCAACAGCAUCACUACUGCUAUCUCUUUACAGCCCUGAGACAGAGGCAUUCAUGAGCGACGAAGCUCUUCUCUGUCUUGACUGUAAGGUGGGGUAUACAGAGAAGGACUGGAAAGGCUUCCGCGAGAAGGUGACUAAGGCUGUGCAGGAGGGCAAGUGGGAGAGUGCAAAAGAACUGGAGAAGGGAUGCUGGGCAUGGGCUAUGAGAGUUCAGGGGGGAGAAGAGACCAGUGGCGAGUUGCGAGAGGCAAAGCAGGACCUUCCAAAGACCUCAUUAAUUCAGAAGAGCCAGAAGAGCACCAGCAGCAAGGUAUCGCAGAAUGCGGAGCCCGAAAAGGGUCGCGGGAAACGUACAUCACUGCAAAAAGCAUCAGAAAGCGAAGAGAGCAUGACAACAAAGACGCAGACGGUUGACUCUGCUGUGGACAAGGCGAAGCGCAGACGGACGAAAGCAUGA